AUGAAUGAUGCUGCACCAUCAAACAAACCUUUAUAUCGCUGGGAGAAACGUACAUCAGCUCUUGAUCGUCCACCCAAACCUACAAAACAUGAUGAUAUAAAAUCUUGGUUGCGUCAAGUUGAAAAUGCAUCAUCAAAUGCAGUUGAAUCGGUUUUUCCACGUUCAUCUAGUCGGCAAACAGGAAAAGUGCUCGCUAAUCAAGCUGCUGUUUAUGCUAAAACAACUGAUACAACAUAUACAGAAGCAAGAGCCAUUCUUGAUGAAUGGAUGACUGAUAAACUUCGACUUGACGCUGGUCUUAACGAUAGUUACGAUGAAGAAAUAGUUCAAUCCAAUGUACGAUCUGUUAAACAGGCUUGCAAUCUUAGUUUUGAUGAUGACGAUCAAUUAGAAUUUUUACAAGAACCAAAAGAUUUAUUCACAUUUCAAGAUCCAAGUGUUUAUUAUGAAACACACGAUGAAACUGACCUAGUCAAAGAUAUUCUUCAUGAUUUGAGAAGUAAAGACCUAUUAACUCGACAACAAUUAGUGGCUAUGGAAAAUAGUAAACCAACAACUGUUGAUAUUCAAACUAAGAUUGAAGAACGACACAGACAAGUUAAAGAAAAUCAUGAAAAAAUGCAAAAAGAACGUGAAGUUAAACGAAAACAGACACAAGCAAAAAAAGAAGCCGAAGCUCAGGCUCGUCUUCUUGUUCUUAAAGAAGAACGUGAACGUGCUUUAAAAGCUAAACAUGAAGAGGAACUGAUCGAACGACAUGUGGUGGAAAUUCGAAAAGAAAUGCAUGAGAAACGUAUACAAGAUGAUGAACAACGAAAACAUCAACGCGAAUAUGAUCACGCUAAAAUAGAACGUACAAAAGCUGAACAAGAACGAGCACGCAAAGAAGAAGAAUUACAAAAAUUAAAACAAACAGCCCUUAAAGAACAAAAUGAUUUCCAUGAAAAACGCGUACACACUUUAGUUGAUGAUUUUAUUCGAAUGAAAGCAUUAACAGUUCUGCAAAAACAUUUUUCUGCUUGGCUUAAUGUUGUAUUAGAACGACGUUUACAAAUGGGUCGAGCAGGUGCAUUAUCUGAUUGGAAAUUACUAUUUCAGUCAUUUCAUUGGUGGAGAAGCGUAGUUCGAACAAGAAAACUAGAAGAAGAAAAUGAAAUACACAUGACUCAAAUGAAAGUAUUAUCGAGGAAAAUGCAACAAGCAAGCGUACAUUAUGAACGUACAAUACUACGAAAAUCGAUGAUAGUUUGGCAAAUCUACAUUCGUAAUGAACGUAUUGCAAAAAAUUUAAAACACGAACAAGAAUUAACAAAGAAAAAAAUUGAUUCAUUUCUUGAUGCUGCAUCAACUGGUAAGCUUUGGGCAAAUGAGCAGCAAACAUCACUAACGACAGCAACAACAAAUUCCGCUGCUACAACUACUCGACAACAAUCUCAGCAAAUAAAAGCACGAAAAGUGUCAGUAACUACUCGUACAUCUUCAUUAUCUUCUCGACCACAUUCAGCUGUAACCUUUGGUGAUAAAUCAUCAUUACCUACAAGAACUCAAUCAGAUGUAAAACUCGAUGAUUUUUUUCAAGCAAAAUCUUCGGGUAAUGAAGAAGAAGAAGAAGAAGAACCGUUGCGAGCUACUAGUGCUGGUGUACCGUUGGUAGCUGAUACACGCCGUAUGCAUCUUGAUUUUGAUGCAUUGUCCAGUAGUGAUGAAGAUUUAACGAAGAAAAAAACUCGUGAAAAACGUAUUCGUCAUGAAAUGGCUGAGCAUAAGGCAACAUCACGAGUUAUGCAUACAUUUGAAAAUCGUUAUAAUACUCAAAUGAAAAUGCUUAAAGAGCAAAAUCGCCUACUAAAAGAUCAACAACUAAUGAUAGAAGAACUUAAAUAUAAACAAGAACAACAAGUUCUUCAUAAUCAAAUUUCAAAUCUUGAAGUAUUGAAAGCACAACAAAGUGAACUCGAAGAAAAGCAACGAAAACAAUUAGUAAAUGACCGACGUCAUGCAACUGCUCUUAUUCAAGCACAUAAUCGUGGAGAAAUACAAAAACAAUUGAAUACAAGUCGAUUAGAUCUAACAUUAACUGAUCGACCAACAACAAGAAAUGAUAUGAUAUUGUUAAAUAUGGAAGAAAGAGCACGAAGACGAAAUGCAUUGAAAACUGAACGUGAAGCCAAACGACGAGCUAUUGAAGACGAAAAAUUAGCUAAAGUGCAACAAAUGAUGGAAGAAAAAGCUCGCCAAGAAGAGGAAGAAAAACGAUUAAAAAUUGAAGAAGCACGAGAAAAGCGUCGUGUUGAGAAAGAACGUGAAUUAGAAAAAAAACAAUUUGAAGAACGUUUAAUUGUAUUAAAUGAAAAAGCUGAUAUUCAUUGCCGACUCUUCCGUAUGCGUUAUUAUGGAUUAAGUCCGUUGAAAAAAUUAAUUCUAAUUCGUCAUCAACAAAUGCAAACAGCUGCAGAACAUCAUAAUUACAUUGUUGCACAACGGACAUUUAAUGUUUGGUAUGCAACUUUAAGACAAGAUAUUGAAAUAAAAACGAACCGUGCUAUCGAAUUUUACAAAUCUUUAUUAUACCGUCGAUAUUUUACAUCGUGGCAACGAUAUAAACAUCAAUCAGAAAUAGCUGAAGAACGAGCUGAAAAACAUUAUGUAAAUCAUUUAAUGAUAAAUAUGUUUAAAACUUGGAAAGAUUAUACACAAACAGAAGUAAUUCGUUUAUGGCGUUUAGCAGAUUUAGCUAAAGAACACGAUGUUAAAAGAAUUUUUAAAAAUACAUUCAUUAUUUGGCGUCAAUAUCCUAUGGAACGACGAAAAGAACGCGAUAGAGAAAAACGAUUGGCAGAAAUGCGGUUAAAAGUGAAAGAUUUAUUACCGGAUUUUCGUGGAACAGAAUCAUCAUCAUUGAAUGGUAUCAAUGGCAGUGAUAAUAAAACUUAA